AUGUCUUCCUCCACGCCUGUUCAGUCCAUCGAGGCCGAUGAAGCUACCAGUGUCACGACUACUGGCGGUCCACUCUUUCCUUAUACUUGUACACCUAUUCCCGAACUCCAAGAGACUGAUCCGUACAAUCGAUAUCUCAUUCACUCCACCAUCAAGGGUCGAAAGGGUGAGUGGGAGAUGGCUAUCGAAGCCGCUUCAAAGAAGCCUUUCCGCAAUCUUGUCAAGGGUUGGGAAAAAGCUGCGCAGCAAGGAGACGAACAGGUCAAGGCAGAAGAUUACAUCUAUAUUAUUGAGAUACAAGGUCAUGAAGUGAAGACAGUUCAUUCCUGGGAGAUGGGGGAUAGUCUUCGUUGAUUGGGGCUGAGGGAGAACGGUGUGGUCCACAUCAUACCUAAUCCUUCGGAAAACUACGAUACUGGUGGUGAUGCAGAGUAUGAAACGGGAGAGGACCAUGGGGCUCAGGGUACUUUGGUCACUCGAAGGAUGACUCGAUCAAUGAGGCCAACUUAGGCCUAGAGUCUUGACACUGAGAGGCGGCGCGUGAGAUUCAUCCAGCAUUGCCUGAAGGGGGUGGGUGCUGUUGAUUGUGUGCCCUGAAUAUUUGACCUUUCCCUUGGGCCCAGCGUAGCUGUGCAAAGUGUACUGAAAUAACGAUCUCUACUUCAAGAUCAAGACGGGUCAUGGAACAACGCU